UCACUCUCCUCUCCCUUCCUCUCUCUCUCUCUCUCUCUAUUUUCUCUGCUCCACUCAGAACCCUCUUCCCUAUCUCUGUCUCUUUCCUUAGCCCCACUGCAGAACCCUCUCUCUCUCUUUUGUCAUCUCUCUUUCUCUCUCUUCAUUGAAUAUUCCCCUUCCCCCCUUACUAUGCUCCAUUAGAGCCUCACCAUCUCUUAUUGGCCUUCUCUACAAGGGGUAGUCAGCCCCUUCAGAAUUCUCUCUCUCUCUCUCUCUCUCUCUAAGUUCCGGCCACGCCAGUAUGGUUUUUAGGCAAGUUGUCCUCCUCUCUGUCCUCCUCCACCUCCUCCUCUUCCCCUCCUCUUUGGCCCUGCAAAAGCGCCACCACAAAAUCAAUGGCCCCAUUAAAACGAUAGUCGUUGUGGUCAUGGAAAACCGCUCUUUCGACCACAUGUUAGGCUGGCUAAAGUCCCAGUUGCCUGAAAUUGAUGGUCUCCAUGGUAACGAAUCCAACCGUCUCUCUGUUUUCGAUGAAAAAUCCCCUGAAAUUGUAGUCUCCAACGAUGCUGAGUUUGUAGACCCUGACCCUGGUCACUCUUUUCAGGCAAUUAGAGAGCAAAUCUUUGGCUCUAAUGACACAACUCUUGAACCCACCAUGAGUGGUUUUGUCCAACAAGCUGCAACAAUGGAGGACGGCAUGGCUAAGACUGUUAUGAGUGGUUUCAGACCAGAGGUUUUGCCUGUUUAUUCAACCUUGGCCAAAGAAUUCACAGUUUUUGAUAGGUGGUUUUGCUCGGUCCCUACUUCUACUCAGCCAAAUCGAUUCUACGUGCACUCUGCAACUUCCCAUGGAGCUUCAAGCAAUGUAAGGAAGGAUUUGGUUCAUGGGUUUCCUCAAAAAACCAUAUUUGAUUCUCUUGAUGAAAAUGGCUUGAGUUUUGGGAUUUAUUAUCAAAAUAUUCCACCCACCCUCUUCUAUAAUAGCUUGAGGAAGCUCAAGUAUGUGACCAAGUUUCAUCAAUACAGUUUGAGCUUCAAAUUGCACGCUAUGCUUGGAAUUCUGCCCAAUUAUGUGGUUAUAGAGCAGAAGUAUUUUGAUGUGGUGGGUUUCCCGGCAAAUGAUGACCACCCAUCUCAUGAUAUUGCAGAGGGGCAAAAGUUUGUUAAGGAAAUUUAUGAGACCUUGAGGGCUAGCCCUCAAUGGAAGGAGAUGAUGUUAUUGAUAACAUAUGAUGAGCAUGGCGGGUUCUAUGACCAUGUUCCAACCCCUGUUAAGGAGGUGCCUAAUCCUGAUGGUAUCAUCGGGCCUGAACCGUUCUACUUCAAGUUCGAUCGGUUGGGUGUUCGUGUCCCUACUCUUUUGAUUUCUCCAUGGAUUGAGAAGGGCACUGUGAUCCAUGAACCCGAAGGUCCAACCCCAUAUUCACACUAUGAGCAUUCUUCUGUACCUGCGACAGUGAAGAAGCUUUUUAAUCUUAAAUCCAAUUUCCUAACAAAACGAGAUGCUUGGGCGGGCUCAUUUGAGAAGUAUUUCUACAUCCGUGAUACUCCUCGGGAGGAUUGUCCAGAAAAAUUACCGGAAGUUGUUCAAUCUCUUCGACACAAAGACCCCAACGAAGAUGCAAAGCUAACAGAGUUUCAGGUCGAGCUUAUUCAGCUUGCCUCUCAAUUAAAUGGAGACCAUGUUCUCAAUUCAUAUCCUGACAUGGGUAAAACCAUGACAGUUGGUGAAGCGAAUCGCUACGCCGAAGAUGCUGUUUCUCGUUUCUUAGAAGCAGGGAGAGCUGCCCUUAAAGCAGGGGCCAAUGAAACAGCCAUUGUUACUAUGAGGCCUUCUUUAACCAGUCGGAGAGCCGGGGGUUUCACCUCGUAUUUGCAAAGCGCUUGAAGUGAUUUCUCUAUUUUUCUCUCUGGUUUUAGAAAGGGCUGAAGUAUGGUAUUGGUGAAGUUGGUAUUGUGUAUAUCUGAUAGAAGCUAGGUGCAUAAUUGACUUGUUUGUCUCACUUAAAAGUGAGAAAUAUAUCUUGUCUAGGAGUUAUAUUUUUACUGAAAGAUUAUUAUCAUGAAAUGCGAAGGGAAUAUUUGGGAAGAA